UGUCACCAGUAGCCUGAGAAGUGGAAAUGAUCAGAGUCUGUGCUGGGAGGAUUGUAGGAAUUCCUAUGAACCUCUCGGGACCAUUGUCUUAUUGUGAUGGAGACAGAUGAGGACAAGAUGAGUGAGAAGAUAUUAAAUCUCACCCUGGAGAUCAUCUGUCUACUCACUGGAGAGGAUUACACAGUAGUGAAGAGGACAUCUGGUAAUGUGAUCCCCAGCAACUGUUCCUCAGGAGAAUGGGGUGGGAUUCAGAGACCUAUCUUGAAGGCUACACCUCAUUCAUUGAUACAUGAGAAAAGAAAUAAGCAGAAGGUCCUAGAACUCACCAGCAAGAUCAUUGAGCUGCUGACUGGAGAGGUUCCUGUAAGGUGUCAGGAUGUCACUGUUCACUUUUCCAUGGAGGAGUGGGAGUAUUUAGAAGGACACAAAGAUCUAUACAAAGACAUCAUGAUGGAGGACCAGCAGAACCUCAUAUCUCCGGUUGGAUUUGGAAGCAAAGAUCAGAUUCAAGAAGUGGACACAUCUGCACUAACACUGAGCUACCUAAAAGAUGAGGAUGGCGAGAUUAAUGGGAAUGUACAAGGAAUUGCUAAGGAUUCAAACUCAUAUAGUGUGGAAGAAGUUGAAAUUACCACAAUAACACAAUAUCCAUCAGUUAAUAUUGAAGAGAAAACCCCAUGUGAUGGAAGAAAUCUUCUAAAGUCCAACAACCCCGUAGAAUGUACAAUGUGUAGAUCUCCACAUUUCUUAGAGGAACAAGGUUCACGUAAUGAAGAAAAAUUUGCAAACCGAAAUACUUAUACCCUCAUGGAUCAAACACCACAAUAUACAUCUACUGAUAUUAAGGUGGAAGAAGCCACACUUGAUGAAGAUCUUACAGACCCCAAUAGUUAUACAGUUACUGAUCAUGGCCAGUAUAUAUUGACACAUAUUAAGAAUGAGCCAGUCUCAAGUAGUGAAGUAAACUUGGACUUGGGCAUUCAUGCAACCAUGGAUGGUACGCAGCAAAAUGGAUAUACUCAGAAUAAAGUAGACAUUUAUGAUGGAGAAAAACUCACAAACCCUGAUUGUACUACAUCCGCAGAACAUACAAAACAAUAUCCAACUAAGGAGGAAUCUGUGUUAAAAACAGUGUUGCCAUUACAAAAACAGGAGUUUUCUUCAUCUAGAAAACCAGUAGAGAAAAGGAAUAAAAAAACUGAACAGAACUACAAUGAUAUAUCAGUAAAUAACAAGAAAUAUUUCUGCACUAUCAAACAGACAUCACACUCUUUGGAGAUACUCUAUAACUGCCCUGAAUGUCCAGAAUGUUUCACCAGUAACUUGGACCUUGCCAAGCACCAGAUCAUUCACACGGGGGGAAUGGUUUUUAUAUGUUCUGUAUGUGGUCGAUGUUUUAAGAAAAAAUCUGAUCUUGUUAUACACCAGGUAACGCACGGGGAAAGCUGGGAUUUCUACCGUUAAUCUGUUUUCCCUUAAUCCUAACAGCAGCACAAUAUGGGAUAUUCCUGCCGCUGUGAACUGGUAGGACAGAUGGAAUUUUAAAUAAACCUAAUUGAACAGCUAAUUAGCCACCUCCAUAAAGGCUAGCCACUCCCUAUGUGGUGAAUAUCAACUUGUUUUUUUUUAGGGGUGCUUUGUUACUGUUUUAUUUUGUGGAAGGAAUCCUUAUUAUGGUCACUGCCUUCUGUGCCUUCCCCAAACCGUUGUCAGAGAUAGGCCGAGGUAAGGACAGACAAGGACAGUUUUUGCAAUUCAAUAAACAGUCUAGGUCAGGGCGGUCAGCUCAUGGUCAGUGCGGAGAUCAGGAAGAGGCCAGGUCAGGCAGUGAAGGGUCAAAUCUGCAAAACAGGCAGAAGCUGGUGCAUCGGCAGACAAACGUAAUCAGAACACCUUUGCAAGAACUACCAAGCUGGAAACUUGCUCAGGCACUUUUCUACAAGGAAAGAUGCCCUAAGUACCACUGGAUGACCAGCCAGCAGAGAGCAGGUAGGAGGCAGCAAGCUAUUCUGGUGGCUGGGCCUGAUGGAAAGGAGGAGGGGAAGACUAGUGGGUCCAAGCUGCUGGAAUACAGAAACAGAGACAACCAUAACACAAGGCAACAGCUGACCCACCACAAGUGGGGAGACCUUUGUUUCAGAAGAGAGGUUGGAUUAAGUCAACAUGAGACAGUCCAUGUAAACAACAAAGGGGGAAGAUUUAUCAAACUAGUGUAAAGGUAAACUGGCUUAGUUGCCCAUUGAAACCAAUCAUAAUCCACCUUUCAUUUGCUAAAGGAGCUCUGAAAAAAAUGAAAGAAAUUAAUAAAUCUUUCCCAAAGACUUUAAAAGGGUUGUGUCAUCUCAAACAUUAGUGGCAUAUCACUAGGAUAUGCCACAAAUGUCUGAGAUCUGCAGAUCCCACCCCUGGGAGCCUUUAAAGUUUUUGUGGCUGUCCUCCAUUCAUUUCUAUGGGAGUGCCAAAAAUAGCCGAGCGCCGUCAGCCCCAUAGAAGUGAAUGGAGCAGUGGCUGCACUUGUGUGGUGUGCUUCCCAAUAAUCUCUAUGGGACUUCCAAAAAUAGCCGCACGUGCCACUCGGCUAUUUUUAGCACCCCAAUAGAAAUGAAUGGCAUUCGGCCGCUCUCCUUCACUUUGCAGGCUCCGUUUUAGAGACGGCUGCAGAUCUCGGUGGUGGAACUCACACCUAUCAGACAUUAGUGGUAUAUGCUAGCAAUAUGCCCCCAAUGUUUGAGAUGACACUACCUCUUUAAAUGUUCUAAUUGUGGAGUGUACCUGAUAGAGCUGAGCUACUUAAAGGGGUUGUCCAGUUUCUGAUAUUGAUGACCUAUCCUCAGUAUAGGUCAUCAGAUCUGCGGGGAUCCUGUGAGCGCUGCUUUCCCUCGACAUUGCAGUCAUGAGCAGUGUAAUUACAACGCCUCCGUCCUAUUUACUUGAAUGGGAAGGACCAGUUACACUCCACACCAUUCAACUGAAUGGGACGGCUGUAAUUACACCUGCUCACCACCACAAUAUCGCAGGCAAACAAUGCAGUACUCAUAGCCGGGCAUCCUACUCCGAACCUCACCGAUCUGCUGUUUAAAGAUAAAGCGGCACUACUAUGAGCGCUGCACUGUUUGCCUGAUUUCUGUCAACAUUGCAGCGGCGAGCAGGUGUAAUUACUGCUCUGAUAUUAAAGGGGUUGUUCAGG